AUGUCCAACAUGAACCCCCUGCACGCGCAUCCGCAGCAGAUCCCGCCACGCCGGCCGGAACACCCAUCCAGUAGCCGAUCGCGGGGGACAAGUGUGCCAGGUCAAAGGACCAGAGUCGAAACGCAGUACCGCCCACCGCUGCCAGCCAAUCGACCUACCAUUCGAUCAAGGUAUACCUCGCCAGAAGAUGCACCAAAGACUGCUGUGCCGCCAGUCCCGCUCCAGCGUUCGAGUGCCUCCUCGGGACGCGUCUACAGCUCGUCAACGAGACCUUUUGACCGAAGCCGGAGCCCGGUUAUGACACUCCGCAUAUUGUCGCAUAGCAGCGAAGGACAUCGAGGCAAGAAAAGCCAGGAGGACCAAGAGAACCAGCUGGUCCAUGACUCCUGGGAGUUUCCUGUUCCGCCUCGGGGUCUCGUACGAUCUGGGAACGUCAAGCAGACCUCUCCCAAACGACGACGUCUGCCACUGAGAGACUCGAUCCUCUUGAAGCGCAAAGACUCGUCUGACUCCUCAAAAGCUGGAGUAGAGACGUCAGCUAGUACGCCUCGCAAGGCACCGCCAUCUUCGGAGCCACAGACGCCGUCUAGGCCUACGCACUCCAUGAGCAUGCCAGCCACCCCGUCAAGAGGGAGGAUGCCGGACCAGCCUAGGCUUGGAGCCCGUCCCAAAGAUCAACAACUGGGUGAAAGCCUCUCACAGAAUCAACCUGCACGCCUGCCGCCAAGAGACUCCAACCUGGAAAGCUACCGCAAGGCUAUCAAGGCGUCGAAUGAUGCUUUGCCAGAUGGUGAGAAGCCGUUGGUGUCUCGCAUUUGUUCCAUGAUCUUGGAUGAGGAAUUUGGCGCUGGCGCCGAUAGGUCCUCGACCCCCCUCAAAGUUUGGGACACCGUGGUUAGAUGUCUCGACGACAUAUCUCGCCUUGCAAAAUCAGGAGGCCCCAACACUGGGGAUGGGGGCCCCUCUGAGGCCCGUCUGGCUCUGGAAUCGAAGUCACUCCAGGAGACGGUAGUGAGAGCGGGUGGUCAAAUCAAGAUUGCCGGGAGAGACGACCGCAACACGAACUCUUCCAAGCGAGACUCAGGGUCCAGCGGCGGGUCUUCAAUUGUCGACUACUAUUCCUCGAAUUAUCAAAGAGCAAGCAGUGGCCACGUUGAGACGCUUCCAUGCCCCUAUAGGCUGCGCAAUCCGGCUCGAUUCAACGUCAAUGACAAGUGGCAAUGCGCUAAUGGGAAAUGGAAAGACUUUGCAGACUUGCAGAAGCAUAUCUCAAAGGAACAUAAGCGUUGUGGCGAUUCUCACCUCUUUCAGUGCCCGAGAUGCGAGGAUGGGUUUUCGGAGCCCAACGCCUUCAAGCAACACUUGAUGCUUCCAAGAGAGCACAUGUGUGAACCAAAAUCGGACGAUGACGCUGGAUGGAUCGAUCCUGAAGACGGUCUCAGCAGUGCUAAGGCCCAGAAUCUUUCAGAACGGAUAGGGAAUGAGGCUCUUAACUCCUGGGAUGAGCUCUGGAGGUGGCUGUUCCCUCUAGACAGAGUGGUGCCGAAGCCUGUUGUUCUGCCCGCCGUAGAGCUGCCACUGGUAGAACAAGAAGUCUUUGCUGCCGGCAACAUGUCGAACCUGAAAGCUAGCCUGGAAGAACGUCUUCGGUUCCUCGCGUCGCAAUCGGCCGACAGCGCCUCAUUUUCUGCGCAGAUACCCGUCAUCACUGCGUCCCUAUCACUUGACGUUGAAGCUCAUCUCAGAAGCGUAUUCAUCUCAUGCCGUAACCAGCCGCCUGUUCACACCGGGAAGUCAUCAGGGCCACUAGAUGCCGCGACUGGCCGAACGCGGAACCUGUCGUCUGCGUCCAACUCUAGCACAAGGAGUCUCCAACGGUUCCUCGGCCCUACCAUUGCCGUGAACGAUACCAAGCGUGCCGCAUGGGACGGCCCCAGCCUUGAACGUCAACGUCAGCGCCAGAGAAGCAAUAGUGAUGAAGCGAGGCGCCAAAAACUGACGCGGGCCGCGACGCUUCCCGUCCCGACAAUGCUGACGAUACCGUUCCCGCGCAUAUCAGCCUUGACAGAGCACUCUGACGUGGGCCCCAGCCCAGUCUCGGAACACGACACCUCACCGAGAGCCCAUUCGGACGCCGAAUAUUCCUCGGGCGUCGAGUCUACGCCGAGCAGCGCCGGCGGCCACCGGGAAUCUAGCCACAGCAACACGACAGCAGACAUCAGGUGCAGUAAGUGCAACAUGAGAGAGAGUCUCCAACCGGGCAAGGACAUCUUCUCAGACAAGCGCCACCUCAGCGGUUCCUCGGCAGCAGCGCGGGGGACACUGAAGUCGACGUGCAGGUUCUCCGAUUCUGGGAUCGGGAUCCUCUGCAAUAGCUGCCGUAUGCUCGAGAAGCUAAUUAAUUCGUACUCACGGGCUUCAUCGCAGGCGUCGGCCAAAUCUGAGCGACUGAGUCUGCCCGUGGCUGGUGGUGGCGGUGGUGGUCCUACAGCCACCGCCAGGAGUACCGCCACGAGCGCAACCACCAACACGAGUUUGAACACGGCCCCGACGACGGCGCCGCCCUGUUCGCCGAAUCCUUCGGUUUCGGUGGACGAGAGUGAAGAGGAGACGCUGUUUGACUUGAUCCUCGACUCGGCGACGUAUUUGGACCAGGACGGGCAGCGCAAGACGGAGUUGGUGUCGCCCAUGUUUCCGCCGCCGCAGGUUGGAUUUUCAGAGUAUGAUCGGUAUGGAGGGCACGGAAAUAAUUGGUUUUGA